AUGGAACCAUCGCAGCUGCAGCAGGUGCAGCCAGCAUCACUCCUCUGGGCUCACGAACUUCGUCGCGAAAACGUCCAUCUUGUAUCACAGAUGGAUAAGCUGAAUACGAUACUCACGUCGGCUACGAAUACCAUCAGCACACUGCACGAGAGUGUUGAGAUCUUGACCGCUCGUAUGCAACAUCUAGAAGAGCAACACAAGCAACAACAGCAGGAGUUUGAGCACAAGCUUAUUGAAUUCGAGGAUGACAGGAGAGAAAGUCAGAACCGGGCAGUGAGUCUCGAGCAGGCUUAUGAGCAAGUUGACACUCUCGUGGUUGAGAAUGGGGCGUUGCGGCGCGAGCUUACCGACAUCCGGGUGAAGGUUGAUGCGGUCGAGACAGGUAAUUGGACAUUAAGGGAGGAGGUAGGCCAGGCUUCGAAGAAAGUCAAUACAGUUGAGACUGAGAAUGAGGGCUUGUUGAAGGGAGAGAUCCAGGGGGUUUCGGAGAAGUUUGAUACCUUCGAGACUGAGAAUGGAACAUUGAAAUGGAAUCUUGACAAUGUCAUUCAGACGUUUGAGAGGAUCGAAAGUGAGAAUGACGGCGUGAAGGAGCGGGUUUGCGUGCUUGAGAAGGGGGCUGCGGUGCAGGAAAAACACACCGCGCGCUUGAUGAAGUGGAUGUCUAUGAAGACUAUGGGCGAUAAUAAGGAGACAAGAGGGUUGAGGGGAGCUGCAACAGAUCAAGAUCAGGACAUACAUAUGCCAGACUCAAUCCCUACACCAGCAUCUCGCCAAUCUGCUCGGUUAUCUUCGCAACGGAUGCUCUCCGACACCACUUGGGGUUCGUUGACUGAUCUCGAUCGGCCUUGUACUAGUGUUAGCAACAAGAAUUCCGGCCAUGGCUCACAACAGAAAUCUGUUGGGAAAAACAAGGAUCAGAAGAUUCUUGAAUCAAUACGCCAAGAAAGACGGACGCUGGGGGAGUAUAUUUCGCUGACAGAUACGCUUCGAGCCCGUCACACAUCCAUACCGGAGGAAGCAUUCGUUAUGGCCUUCAUGGCUGGAUUGGAUGAUGACGACCUGAGGAUGAAAGUUAUAGACGUCACGCGCCAAGCUGGCCUCUCAUGGGAUAGCGUGAUGUCUUCCGUGCAGAGCAAAGGACAAGGAUCUAGGGAGCGGGCGGAUAGUAAUAAUAAACAUGCUCCAGGGCGGCGAAAUGGAGCCGUUAGGUUGGCGGGCAAGCGCAAGGAGAACAGGAGACGAACGAUACCCAUUGUGCCAGCCGAUGAGGAGGAUGAGCUUUUCGUUACGUGA